AAUCCACACAGGUCUCAAACUGGAGAGCAAACAUAUUCACAACUUGUUUGUACACAAUGGCAAUGUUCCUGCUGGAUACAUUGAAUUCUUUGAGGACCACCCAGUAUAUAUAUGAAUGAUGGGCCACCAAUUCAAGCUGUUCUUGUGGAUAAUUGUUUCUAGCUAGUUAUUAUUUGAUAAAUGGUACUUCUGAUAUUCAGUAUGGUGGAUCUUUUAUGUUUUGUAUUCCAUCUUUUCAUUCAUACAGAGAGAGAACAGAUAGUACUAUGCACUGGAUCUAGACUUUUCUAGUUCAUUAUAGUUCUUCUUCUUGGGCUUCUUCUGGGAAACAAAGAAAGGGGUAGUUCCUGUCCAUGUCCCAUGUUCACACCAGGGAUGACAUCAAGGUUGACAUCGCCAGUGUUCACGCAGAAGACAUUGACGGUGUUACCCCUCAUUUUCAGGGCGGGACAUGUCGGGGAGCCGGAGGGGGAGACCGUCGAGUAGAGUGCCGGCGCCGGCGCCGAGGAUAACGGAAGACCAGGUCGCCGACCUCGUCUCCAAGUUGCAGCGCCUCCUCCCUCACAUCCGUAACGCCCGUUCCGACAGGGUAUCGGCGGCGAAGGUGUUGCAGGAGACAUGCAACUACAUAAGGAGCCUACACAGGGAAGUGGACGACUUGAGUGACCGGUUGGGGCAGCUCUUGGAGUCCAUUGAUGCUGACACUGCCCAAGCUGCCCUUAUUAGAAGCUUACUCAUCCAAUAAUUUCAUUUAUUAAUAAUUAGUACUAUUGUUA